CACUACUUAUGGCAACGAGCCAUUGUCCAAAAAAAACGGCGUAGUGCAAGUCGCUUCAGUUUUGAGCGAUCAAUACAAACAUGAACCGAAAUCAGCAGCCCAACUUUCCGGUCAUUUACGAACUGCUAAAACAGCUUUGCCAGAAUCUUGCCGGAGAUCGAUCACAAGAUGUGCUGAAAGAAGUGACCCGGCUCAUUGCGAACAAACCGAACUCGAUUGCAUACCACGGUAGCACGUCAGUAGCAGCAAAUGAAUCAACGAUAGUGGCGCGUAUCAAUCGCUUGCUUGCCUCUAGAAGCCAAGCUACCGUGAACAUGUUCAAUGGCUUCUACGAGGAGCUGGUAUCAAUGACCGAGAGCAAACAACGGACUCCAAUUUUGGAAUUCCUUUUCCAUCUCGCUGAUUCCGACAAGAGUGCAAGUGCAAGCGGACUUCAGGUAGAUAUGCGCAAUGACGCAGGUUUUGCCGGAACAUUGGACAGUGUGUUUUCGAAGCUUAGCGUAGACUCCGGUAUCAGCGGAAGCCAACGGCUGGUAAAAUCACGAUCCGGUGGUACCGUAUCCGGUUCGACUGGUAGUCUCUGUGACACCAAAGCACUUGCGUCGGAUGAUGCGCAGCUGCAAAUUGCCGAUCGGAGCGAACUGGAAGAUCUGCUGAUACAGGACGUCGUGUAUGCGUGCACGGGCAUUGAGGGAAAAUAUCUUCGUAAGAAUUUUGUUACCGGUGAAUUUAAGUUGGACCACAUCCAUGGGCGCAAUUUGAACGCUUGUGACGCUGGUAUGCUGUUACGUUUGGCCGAGGUUGGAUAUUUCUACUACAAAGUAUGCCGGUUCACAAAUCCCACGAGUGAUUCCUAUUUGAUGGGCAACUUCGGCCAGGGAUACAUAACUGCACUGCAGAAAGAGUUAACCAACUAUUACGGAUUGAUUGCGAAUCUACAGGAGAAUCUGGAUCGUCAGCGACAGACUGGCGAUAGUGCGGAGCGUAUGACACUCAUCCGCACGAUGGUGUGGCUGGUGGAGCCGAUGGAACGCUUGCAGUGGCUAGCAGUUAUCUCAGAAGCUUGCCGUGAGGUAAAAGGAGGAGCUCUCGCAUCCGCGAUUCACAAAUUUAUCUGGCACGGUGAUCCAAUGGUUCGUACCAUCUCGCGGGAACUCUUGCAAUCCGCCUGCAUACCGUUGCAACAGAUGCUUACGCAGUGGCUAACGGACGGUAAGAUCGUUGAUCCGCAUUGUGAGUUCUUCAUCGAAGAGCUGACGGACGUCGGUUACAACCGGCUGUGGCACGAUGAAUUUCGUUUGCGGCCCUCGAUGGUUCCUUCGUUUAUACCGGAUACGCUGGCAAAGCAGAUACUGGUCAUAGGGAAAAGCAUAAAUUUUCUGCGUGAAAUAUGCAAGGACCGUGCACCAGUACCGGAGCGAACGGAUUUGAAGAAAUGUCUAGACGAGCAUCUGGAUUAUCUUUACAGUCCGCACAACAACACGGAGCUGCACGUGCUCAUUGACAGUGUAUAUCUGAAGACGUCCAAACGUGUGCUGGACAUCGUGCUUGGGCCACAUCAUCUGUUCACCCACUUAAAGGCAAUGCGUGACUAUCUGCUGUUAGGGCAGGGUAACUUUGCCGAUGUGCUGAUGGAAAAUUUAAAAGAGGAAUUGGAUCGCCCGGCAAAGGAUAUUUACCAGCAGGAGCUGUUUUCAAUUGUAGCAGCCGCCGUCCGCAAAUCUGCCGAGGAACAGGACGAACCCGCGGUGCUGAACUAUUUAGACGUACACUUUCUUUGCCCUUGCGAGGGUGAUACCGGUUGGGACGUAUUCUGCCUGACGUACAAAGUGCAAGGACCGUUGGUAACAAUUUUCCAGCCAGUGCAGUGCACGUACCGAGCGCUGUUCAAGCAGCUGUGGAACAUGAAGCGAUUCGAGUUCAUUCUGUACGGCAUUUGGCGCAACCAUAUGUUAAGCACGCGAUGCUACAAACCGAUAGCAAACGAUAUCAGCGUGAUAAAGCAACACCUUCAAACGUAUUGCUCGAAGAUGAUCAACAUCAUCUCGCAGAUGCAGUACUACAUACUGUAUGAGGUGAUUGAAUGUUCCUGGGAACAGUUUAGCGCGCGCGUCAAACAGGCCAAGGCGCUUGACGACGUGCUGGAGGCGCACGACAAAUUCCUGGAACGAAUUCGCACCGGUAUCUUCUUGGAGCAGUCGACAAAUCUGUUCAGCAGCUGCCUGGAGCAGAUAUUCACCUCCGUGCGCAAGUUAGACGAGUGGCAGAUGAAUUUUUACAAGCUGUGCAAUCGGGAAAUGGACGCAAGGAAAGCGUUCGAGGAGUACAUCAAGUCAAGCGAAGCGAAGGGAACGUACGGUGUUAAUGCCGAGCGAGCGCUAGAACGGGACGAAGAACUGCAGGACUUCGAAGUCAAGCUGAUACAGUGUCAGAAAGCGUUGAUUGCGAUCGGAGUGGAGUAUGAAAACUCGGUGCGCCAUUUCUUGUAUCAGCUAGCCACGUCACCGAUGGAAUCGUUACCGCAGUUAUGCAUGCGGUUGGAUUAUAACGAAUAUUAUAAGCAUCGGGACGAGCGGUUAAGCGUACCACUCACGUUUCAGCAUAUGCGCAAAAGUUUGGCCAACAACUUUAGCCGCAAAUGAUCCAGCGAGUUGUGCCAGGAAUGUUCAGACAAAGAAAAACCAUCAGCAGCUGAACCGCUGGUCCAAUCCGAGCUGCAGGUUGUGAAACCGAUUCGAAAGCAGGUGCUGGAUUUGCUUAUCCAUAAUCGUUCUACGUGGGUAACGAACUAUAAUUGCUGCGAUGUUAUGUAGGUUUUACUGAGCAAUGGUAUUUCUGUUUCGUUUUGUAAGAAUGCAGUACCAAUGCUGUGCCAAUUUGUUUCAUUUUCUCCGUUUGUCGUUACAAGAUUGAAACAUAAUAAAUAAGGGCGUUCUGGUAAAUUUUAUACACGCGUUUGACUGCAUAGUAAAACAAUAUUGAUACACUUCA